AUGUCGGGCGAAACAAUACCAGUCUCUCAGGACGAGCCCAACGGGGAGCAGAGGAGGUCGGCGCGAACGCCUACCAAAACCGUCACGUAUGGUCGCAGGACUACGACAGCGGCGACGGCGCAAGAGAUCAGGGAGUCACCCAAAGCCGCUAAGCCCAGAGCUGCACCCAAGGCGAAAGCCACGCCGGCACGAACAACACCCACCCCUGUGAAGCAGGAGACAACCUCACACACCCCGUCCAAGGGUGAAGAGGAAGAGGAGACCCCAAAGGCGAUGCCUGCACGACCACGAACACCAGCGAAGAAGGACGACGAGACUCCGCGCUCCGGCAAGCGUGUUGCGGCCUCUCUCGCGGCGGUGCGAAGUGCCAAGAAACCCCGCACGUCUCUCCCUUCAUUUGACACCGAGGCGUUUGGCAGCCCAACGGGCGAUCUGUCGAGCGACGUGUUCCGCGCCAACGAACGUUUGCGACGACAGCGUGAGGCUCGCAACUUCACGUUCGAAGGGGACGCACACGCUCCGCGGACAACGCGGAGCGGGCGAGUGGUGGCGACGCGCGACUAUGGACGCGACGAUACAGAAGAUACAGAAGACACGGAACGGGACGAGUACGGAGGGCUCGCGGAACCUGAGGAACCAGAGGUAGAAGACGACGGAGGCCUGCGGCUCGACCUGUCCCUACCCAUAUCGAGGAGUGAGAGUCCCUCCGUCACACCUCUCCCUGCAAGUGCAAGGCAGCACGUCCUGAGGAUGCUCUCGACACUGACUGGAACGGAGCGCGAGUGGGAACCGUCGGAGAAGGAGGGGGAGAAGAAGAAUGAGGCGUUGCAGGGAUUGGUGGCGUUGCUUUGUGGGACGGUUGAGCGCGGUGAGGGCAACUCGGCACUGGUGACGGGCCCACGCGGCGUGGGAAAGACGAGAACGGUCGAGCGCGCUCUCCGCCUCCUCCCCACCGGCAAGAACGCACCGAUUGUCGUCCGCCUCUCGGGUCACGCACAAACGGACGACCGCCGUGCGAUCCGUGAGAUUGGCCGGCAGAUCGCGGAGGGUGAGGGCCGCGCUGCUGAGGACGAAGACGAACCCACCGACGCGGACGCCGGUGAUGCUGCUUACGCACCCACAACGCUCCCCUCGCACCUACUCGCAUUAUUGACCACACCAUCACCGCGCGCGAUUAUCAUCGUCAUCGACGAGUUCGACCUCUUCACCGAGCACGCCCGCCAGGCGCUCCUCUACUGCCUCCUCGACGUCGUGCAGUCUGUCCAGACUGGCCCUGUAGAGCGCACUCCACGUGGGUUGGCUGUGAUCGGCCUCACGGCGCGCGUGGACACGCUCCUGCUGCUUGAGAAGCGGGUUAAGUCUCGUUUCUCGCAUCGUGUGUGGCGAAUUUCUUCGCCUCUCGCUCCGGGGGAAAGGGGUUGGCGCCAGCUCCUCCGCGCCACACUCAUACCGUGGGACGAGAAGAGGUUAGACAAGGACCGUGCCAUGCGCCAGUGGCAGGAGGACUGGGCGUUCGCUGUCGACAUGCUCCUUGAGCACGAUACAGUCAGUGCGAACCUUGAGCGCCUGGCCGGCCUCACGACAGACGUGCGCUUGCUGUACCGCCCAUUCGUGGCGCCCGUCGCAGCAGUUCUUGGUGGGCGGCUCGAUUUCCUCUCCGUUCCUGGAGUGGCGGCGAGUGUGCGUGCACAGCUGGAGUUGGGAGGGUGGAGCACAGGACCCCAGACCGCUGGGCGGAAACUCGGCGCGAUCGACAUCGCCGCCAAACUCCGUGGCCUCCCCGCCCCAGCCCUGGGUAUCUUGAUUGUGGCAAAGCACCUCGCAUAUGCAGGCCGCACCGAGUUCUCCCUCGCCCAGGUCGAGGACGAGUAUGCGCGUUUCGCACGGUCCCGCCUGGUCGGCUCGGGCCGCGCACGGUGGCCCCUCGCCCUGCUCCGGCGCGCGUUCCACCAGUGCCGGGCGCUGGGCCUACUCGCACCCGCUGGUCCUGCGAGUGCUGGGCCACGGUUUGCCAAAGUCCGAGCGGCGUUGCCGGUGCAUGAUGUUGUAGCAUUUUUCCGAAACGACGGGGGACAGGCGCUGGGUCCUGAGCUCGCGGGCUGGGGCAAGAUGUCGGGAGGGCAUGUUUGA